UAAAACAGCUACAGUCGUGGAGUUAAAAAUUUAUACUUACUUAUGUCUUUUUUAGAUCAAAAUAAUCGUUACAGCGUAGAAGGAAGUGACUUUCUAUCUAAAUAUCAUUCAAUAUCUAAUAAGUUGAAAAAGCGUUUCUUAAGAAAGCCAAAUGUUUCUGAAGCAUCGGACCAGUUUGAGGUGUUAGCAUUGAAUUGUGAACAAAAAGAUUUGAAUCAGUAUGCCGGCUGGUGCUGGUUAUCUGCAGCAAGAUGCCAAGGAACAUUGGGGAAUUCCAUUUCUGAAGUGAAUCUGCUGACAAAAGCAGGACGUCAGUUUUUGAAGGCUAAUAAAAAAAAUGAUGAAUUGGGCUGUCUUUCGAUUAAUCAAGAAGAUUUACAAGCAGCAAUAAACGCCUUCAAUCAUGCCAUUACAAGAUGCAACAAUGAAGAUGGCUAUAGUAUUAUGUCAGCUAGUUUAACCAUGGAAUUGGCUAUGGCUCUUGGGGCAAGUUCAGAAGGAGUUGACUACUUGUGUAAGGCCAUUUACACUCAUCCAACAGUGCAAGCCAUUAAUUUAUUGGUUACGUACUACAUAAAGCAAGGGGACUAUGUUUCUGCUCUACAGGUACUCACCGAGUUGGUGGAAAUGAUUGAAAACCACGUUGGUAUUAGAAUAAUUGGAAAUUACAAAAACGUGUUGCACAGGUGCGAAAUAAGUAGGGUACUACUGCUGUUGAUUCUUAGGCCUACACCUAAAAAGCUUGCACCUUCUCUUGCUCAGGUAUUGGAAAAGUAUGCUUGGGCUGAAGAUACUCCUCUUGCUGUGCCAAACAUGACAGAGGAUGAGAUGCUGCUGCUCCAGUCUCUUGUACUGGCUUGUCAAUCUAGAGAUUACGAAGCUUUGCUAGAACUUGAGAUGGAAUUGUGGUCAUUCUUUGAUACAGAACAGAAAGAGCUAUUAAGAAAAUUGAUUCAAACGUUCAAUAAGGAAUAA